AUGCAAGAGCAACCUCUACUAUCGUUGAAAUUCCUCUUUAUCUUCAUUCCCGUUUGCUGUCUAUUUGCAUUCACCACUUGCGAUUUACCUGAACAAAUCUCUGCGAUUGAUGCAGCACAAGCGGAUUUUGCUUUGUUGCUUCUAAAAACCGGUGGAAACGAACAGAAAAGCAUUGUCAUAUCACCGUUAUCUGUGGCUUCGACACUCGCAGUAAUUUAUGGCGGGGCUGGUGGAGAAACCCGUAAACAACUGAAACGGCUCCUGGCAAAAAAUGCAUCAGACACUUCAUUACGGAGCUAUUUUGCACCGUUCGAAUCGAACGCGUCCAAUGAAGACAGCGAAGGGAAUUUCCAGCUGAAGUGUGCCAAUAAAAUUUUUAUUGGAGAUGAUGUCCAACUUCUCGCGCAUUUUGUUCAAUUCAUCAGUAUAAAUUAUCCAAAAAUGAUGGAAAAAGUGGAUUUCAGUCGAUCGAAAGAGAUUGCAAAAGUGCUUUCAAAUGUUCAGGAAAUAAAUGAGUGGAUCGAGCAAAAAACUGACUCAAAGAUACGGAAUCUUGUGAAUGCGAAAAUGUUCAGUCCAUCCACGUUGAUGACCGUAGUGAAUGCAGUGUUCUUUAAAGCGAAGUGGCGUAAUGCUUUCUCAGAGAAGUUCACGAAAAUCAGCAAUUUUCACGAGAGCGAGCAUAAGCACAGACAGGUUGAAAUGAUGGUGAAGGACGGUGGUUUUCCGUAUUAUGAGAACGAAUAUGUUCAAGUGAUUGGAUUGCCGUAUAAGUCAACAGAAACAUCUAUGUACAUCAUUCUUCCGAAGAACAAAUUCGGAUUGUUAAACUUCGAGCAAUCAGUCAGUGGUGAAGAUCUUCUCCAACUGAUAAGCAAUUGCACAUGGAAUGCCGUUCAUUUGGAAUUGCCGAAGUUCCGAAUCGAAGAAGAAUUCGAGCUGUCAAGUGCACUUCAGCAAAUGGGUUUAAGUGAUGCGUUCAGCGCCGAUACUGCGGAUUUUUCAGAAAUGACCAACUCAAAAUUGUAUAUAUCGAAAGUUCUCCACAAAACCUUUAUUGAUGUCAACGAAAACGGAACGGAAGCAACGAGUGGUACGGUGUUGACGUUGUUCGGUGAUAGACUAUCGGAGCCUCGUUUAAAAUUCAUUGCCAACCAUCCGUUUCUGUUUGCCGUCGUCACAAAUUAUCAUAUUCUGUUCAUCGGACGUUCACAUUAA